CGGAACCCGCCUCGAGGGAUCCCUCCCCGUCUACCGCGACCGAUUUCCCCGCGUCGUGGAACGACCGGCUGCUUCCCGUGCGCCCCGCCCCGCACUUCGGAUUUCCGCGCGCGCGCGAGUUCUUGGCAGCAGGAGGAGGAUCACGGGAGGAGGAGAAUAUGCGAGAUCCAUUCAACGCGCCAGUGGAUUUGAUCGACACGGAUCGUCGCAUUGGGAACGAGCUCACCAGGACUAACGUGACCUUGUCUGCCAGGGACUAUGCCUUACAAAAUGGCGAUGCUAAACCCUUCGUUCCGAGCUCCGACACUCUAGUCAGGCAGGGUGCAUCUCUCCGUACCGACUUGAUUGCCGAAGAUCCCAAUACUCGUUUGAUGGAUCCUGAAACCAAGGAGCUUUACUUCAGGUCACGGACGCAAGAGGAAGAGAUCCUUCUGCUUCGCAAGCAAAUCACUGAGGCAUCUUCUAAGGAGUUGCAGUUGCUGAGUGAAAAACAUAUUCUGGAGAGGAAGCUUGCAGAUCUGAGGAUGGCUGUUGAUGAGAGGCAGGAAGACGCCAUAUCUGGUGCUCUGAAGCAACUGAAUGAGAAGAGAAACCACAUUGAAGAAAAUAUGAGAUUAUCAAAUGACCUAAAAGUUCAAGAAGAAGAGUUAUACUUGUUCACUUCUUCAUUGCUUGGCAUGUUAGCAGAACACAAUGUUCGCCCACCUCAAAUAUAUGCUUCAACCAUUACAGCUGUUACAAAGCGUUUAUACCAACAGAUGCAAUGGAAGAUCAGAUCUUUAAAUGACAGUUUGGGUGAUACAACUCAACCUGUAGAUAUAUAUAAUCCCAAUCAUCAACAAGCAACUCCGUCGAGAAACGAACCUUCGUCAUCUUACAAUAUGGAGCCGAAUAGGAACACUUUCCCCCAGUAUGCUCAAGAUUCAAAUGAUCGACAUGCUGAACAAAUGUACCAUGGAUCCACUUUUAAUCAGGAUAUAGUAACGGCUACUCCCUCUAAUUACUUUCAAGAAAAUGCUGGUCCUAGAGAAGCAAGAUUAGAUGAUGACUCGCAGUUCUAUAGGAAUGAUAAUCAAGAGUACUCUGCUGAUGGUGAUCCAUUACCUGGUAUUGAGGGAUUUCAAAUUGUUGGUGACCCGAGACCAGGAUCUAAUUUAACGGCGUGUGGUUUUCCAACGAAUGGUACUACACUUUGUAAUUUUCAGUGGGUUCGCUAUCUUGAAGAUGGCACCAGGCAAUCUAUUGAAGGUGCUACGAUGUACGACUAUGUGGUUACUGCAGAUGAUGUUGGCACUCUUCUUGCUGUAGACUGCACUCCUAUGGAUGAUAAUGGCCGCCAGGGUGAUUUGGUGAGGAAGUUUGCUAAUGAUGAGAACAAGAUAUCUUGUGAUCCAGAUAUGCAGAAUGACAUCGAUAUAUGUAUUUCUAGGGGGAAAGCCAACUUUGAUAUUUAUGUCCUGCAGGGGUACUCUCCUGAUGAAUGGGAACUGGCAACGUUGUUGCUUAGACGAACUGGAUACCAAAUUAACUUAAGCCAGAAAGAUGAAGUUUUCAUUGACGAGAAAUAUUCACCAAAUCUAGAGGCAAAAAUUCCCAAUGGACGCACUACUCAGUUUGUUUUAGUAAGUUCUGGGGGUGUAAAUCUACCAUUUAAUACACAGGGAAUAACGGAGCCAAAUAGCGAGGAUAAUGACGUUAGGUUGCGCGAUCUAAUCGUAUUGGUCAUGAGAACUUUCCAGAAUAAGGCAUUAGAUGCUAAAAGGAAAGGCAAGGCUUAGAUGUGUCAAUCAAGAGAUUUUUCACUAGAAGAAUUUUGCUCAUUGUUUUGUGCAGUGUUCUUUUUUUUUUUGCCAUGAGGUGAAGGGAUUCUUGAUCAUACCACACAUUCUAAGAUCUGUGUAGAAGGUGUGAAGCUACAGGAAAGGCCGGGUGGUCUUACUAGGUUAUUUUGUGUAUAAUACUGUAAUUUGCUGUAGCGUCUUGUUUGGCCUCCCAUUUUUUCUUAUUUACAUUCUUUGUUUAUCUCUCUAUCUGCUGGUCCUAUCGUCCUCUAGGUUAUUAGGCAGAGAUUUAAUGUGAUGAGCUUCAGAGGUGUUCAAUGGCAGAGAUUAAUUUACCCCUUAAA